GGACAGCUUUCCAGCUCGGUUUGGAGGAAUACAUUUCGUCAAUCAGCCCUGGUAUAUCCAUGCCCUCUACACAGUUAUACGACCCUUUCUAAAGGAGAAGACACGAAAAAGGAUAUUCCUGCAUGGAAAUAACCUCAACAGCCUGCAUCAGCUAAUACACCCUGAGAUCCUGCCUUCAGAGUUUGGAGGAAUGCUGCCCCCCUAUGAUAUGGGGACGUGGGCAAGAACACUGCUUGACCAUGAAUACGAUGAUGACAGUGAAUGCAAUGCAGACUCCUACAACACUCCUGCAAAGGAUAUAGAAAAGGACCUCUCUCCCAAAUCCAUGAAAAGGUCUCAGUCAGUUGUGGAUCCUGGGGUGCUGAAACGCAUGGAUAAGAAUGAGGAAGAAAACAUGCAGCCUUUGCUUUCACUUGACUAACAGUUUUUGAGCAUCGGAC